AGAGUUAUUGGUGAAAAACGAGGAAUUAACAAGUUCCUAAGUUUAGUAAGAUUGGUAAUAGUAUUAGUAGUAAUUGUUUGUAUCUUCAAAUUCAAUCUUGAGCGGUUUUAAAUUUAAUUGCCAUUAAUAUUCGGCGGUGGGCCAUCCCAGACUGCAAGCGGAAAUGGAUCACCACCGUCCAUUAAUGUCGGACCGUGUCACCGUUAACGGCACCGUCACGCCGCUCGCGCUCCUCGCCGACGGCCGUCUCUGGUGGUCGGAGGGGAUCCACCGCUGCCUGUCGGUGGAAAAGGACGUCCUCGGGUUCGUCGCCAGUGGGCCCUACAUCAAGAUCAAGAGUCUCGUCGAGUCGCGCGACGGUUGCUGCGUCUCCGGUGGCCCCGCGAGGCUCGUCAGAAACGACGUCGUCUUCAUGCCCUCCUCCCAGGCCUCGCACGGGCUCUGGUGCCAAAAGCUUCGCGAAUUCGUUGAUUCUCUCGGUCGCCCUAAGAGGUUGUUUGUUUUCGUUAAUCCGUUUGGUGGGAGGAAAUGCGCUUCGGAGAUUUUCGUUGAGCAGGUCAAGCCUCUUCUUGAAGAUGCUCAAAUCCAAAUCACCGUCCAAGAAACCAGCCAUCAGCUCCAUGCAAAGGAAGUUGCUGGCUCGUUGGAUAUUACCAAGUACGAUGGGAUUGUUUGUGUUAGUGGAGAUGGAAUUUUGGUUGAGGUUGUAAAUGGACUUCUUCAAAGAGAGGAUUGGGAUGUGGCAAUAAAGAUGCCCCUUGGAGUAGUUCCUGCAGGUACGGGAAAUGGCAUGGCAAAAUCUCUUCUUGAUUCAAUCGGUGAUCCUUGUGAUGUAGCAUAUGCUGUUCUUGCCAUUAUACGAGGCCAUAAACAACCUCUUGAUGUGGCUACCAUCACACAAGGGGAAACCAGGUUUUUCAGUAUAUUGAUGCUUGCAUGGGGUCUGGUGGCAGAUAUUGACAUUGAGUCUGAAAAAUAUCGGUGGAUGGGAAGUGCUCGUCUCGAUUUUUAUGCUCUCUGUCGAUUCUUCAAUUUGAGGCAAUAUAUUGGACGUGUUUCUUUUGUGCCUGCACCUGGGUAUGAAGCUUUUGGGGAGCCCUCAUAUUACCCUGGCAAUUCCACUAGCCAAGGCAGUAACAGUGAUGCCAAAAAUGUUAAUUUACAAAAGCUUUGCUAUCUAGGGCCUGAAAUAAACUUGGAAAAUCUAAAUUGGAGAGUUAUAAAUGGACCCUUUAUUUCUGUCUGGCUUCACAACGUACGUUGGGGUGCUGAAGACACAAUGGCAGCACCUGAUGCAAAGUUCUCUGAUGGUUAUCUGGACUUGAUCAUUAUCAAGAAUUGCCCUAAGUUACCAUUGCUGUCAAUGAUGUCUGAGUUGAAUAAGGGAGGUCAUGUGAAAUCUCCGUAUGUCACGUACCUAAAGGUAAAAGCUUUCAGUUUGCAACCUGGUCCACGCACCAAGGACCUCGAGAAAGAAGGGAUCAUAGAUUCAGAUGGUGAGGUUCUGGCAAGGGGAAAAGGAACUUACAAGUGUGAGCAGAAGGCUUUGAUGGCCUAUGAUAAAUUACAGAUAACAGUGGAUCAAGGUUUAGCUACACUUUUUACCCCUACUACAUAAUACUUUUUGGUUACACGCAACAUGUUGGUACAAACAGAACCUUCCAUGAGUCAACUAUCUUGUACAGCACCACAUAAAUUGGAGCGAGUAUAGUUUUUAUAGCGAGUUUCCUUCACAACAUGAAAUGGGUGGGGUUAAAAAAAAAAUCAUUUACCUUUGAGUUAUUAAGACGGAGGUUUUUUUUUUCUUAAUGUUUCAUCAUUCUUUUCUUGAUUAAAAACACCCAACCGGUUUCAUUA